CCGCCUCUCUGUGUCCCCGCCCUGCUCAGGUGGAGUCAGCAGCGCGAGGACGGAGGAAUGUGACGGGCUGGGCACGCGCUCCGGGCCUCAGCUGUGCGGGACGAAUAAUGGAGUAAAAGCCGAGAACUUGUGCGGGAGUUCAACGCAGAUCUGAUCCGACACUUGGCGAUGAGCAGCAGCCAGAGCCGCGCGCAGGACACGAUCUCUGGAGGCUCUUUGUGACGCCUGACCGUCAGUCCAGGUGUGGCCGCUGUACCUGCGGCCGCUCGGUGCGCGUUACUCGGGUUUCUGUGCGUGAGGACGGCCGCUGCGUUCGGAGCUCAACAUGCCGGAGCUCAUCAGCGUGACGGAGUUCGUCGCGGAGACAAAUGAGGACUACAAAGCGCCAACAACCUCCAACUUCACCACCCGGAUGCCUCACUGCAGGAACACGGUGGCUGCUCUGGAGGAGGUUCUGGACGUGGACAGAUCAGUUCUGUACAAGAUGAAGAAGUCUGUGAAGUCCAUCAACACGUCCGGUCUGGCUCAUGUGGAGAACGAGGAGCAGUACAUCCAGGCCCUGGAGAAAUUCGGAGACAACUGUGUGAGCCGCGAGGACGCCGCCGUCGGCUCCGCCUUCCUCAAGUUCGCCGUUUUCACCAAAGAGCUGACGGCGCUCUUCAAGAACCUGAUGCAGAACAUGAACAACAUCAUCACGUUCCCGCUGGACAGUCUGCUGAAGGGAGACCUGAAGGGAGUCAAAGGGGAUCUGAAGAAGCCGUUCGACAAAGCCUGGAAGGAUUACGAGACCAAGCUAGCGAAGAUCGAGAAGGAGAAGCGGGAACACGCCAAGCAGCACGGGAUGAUUCGCACCGAGUUCAGCGGUGGCGAGAUCGCCGAGGAGAUGGAGAAGGAGCGGCAACUGUUCCAGCUGCAGAUGUGCGAGUAUCUCCUCAAAGUGAAUGAGAUCAAAACCAAGAAAGGCGUCGACUUCCUGCAGAACCUCAUCAAGUUUUUCCACGCUCAGUGCAAUUUCUUCCAGGACGGGCUGAAGGCCGUGGAGAGCCUCAAACCCUCCGUGGAGCAGCUGGCCACAGACUUGACCUCAAUUAAACAGACUCAGGAUGGAGAGAGGAAACAGCUGACUCAGCUCCGAGACGUCCUGAAGACGUCGCUGCAGUCGGAAAACAAAGAGGACACUCAGGCCAAACAGAACGCAGGUUACAGCCUCCAUCAGCUGCAGGGCAACAAGGCUCACGGCACCGAGCGCUCCGGAGUCCUCUACAAGAAGAGCGAGGGACUGAGGAAAGUGUGGCAGAAGAGGAAGUGCUCAGUGAGGAACGGAUUCCUGACCAUCUGCCAUGGCACGGCUAACAGACCUCCAGCCAAGCUCAACCUGCUCACCUGCCAGGUGAAGAGGAAUCCAGACGAGAAGAAGAGCUUCGACCUGUUCUCACACGACCGCACGUAUCACUUCCAAGCCGAAGACGAGGCCGAGUGUCAGAUCUGGAUGUCGGUGCUGCAGAACAGUAAAGAGGAGGCGCUGAACAAAGCGUUCAAAGGCGACCAGGACGAAGGAGAGAACAACAUCGUGCAGGAGCUGACCAAGGCCAUCGUAGGAGAGGUGAAGAGGAUGAGCGGCAACGACGGCUGCUGCGACUGUGGAGCCACCGCUCCCACCUGGCUCUCCACUAACCUUGGGGUCCUGAUCUGUAUCGAGUGCUCAGGGAUCCACAGGGAGAUGGGGGUCCACUACUCCAGGAUCCAGAGUCUGGACCUGGAUGUUCUGGGAACUUCAGAGCUGCUGUUGGCGAAGAACGUGGGAAAUGCCAGCUUCAACGAGAUCAUGGAGGCAGACCUGUCGGCGCAGGACGUCACCAAACCGGAUCCGACCAGCGACAUGCAGAUGAGGAAGGAUUACAUCACAGCCAAGUACACGGAGAAGCGCUUCGCUCGGCGGCUUUGUGCCGACGCCGCGUCCAGACUGCAGGGUCUGUACGAGGCUGUCAGGAACAGAGACAUCCUGUCCCUGAUCCAGGUCUACGCUGAGGGGGUGGACCUGAUGGAGGCCAGCUCACAGCCCAACGAACACGAACCAGGAGAGACGGUGCUCCACCUGGCGGUCCGCAUGGGCGACAGAAACUCCCUCCACAUUGUGGACUUCCUGGCCCAGAACAGUGGUAACCUGGACAAGCAGACGGCCAGAGGAAGCACAGCGCUGCAUUACUGCUGUCUGACGGACAACAGCGAGUGUCUCAAGCUGCUGCUGAGAGGAAAAGCUUCAGUGUCCAUCACAAACGAAGCCGGAGAGAUGCCGCUGGACAUCGCCAAACGUCUCCGACACACUCAGUGUGAAGAGCUGCUGACUCAGGCUCAGACAGGGAAGUUUAACGUCCACGUUCAUGUUGAGUACGAGUGGCGUCUGCAGAACGAGGACCUGGAUGAAAGCGAGGACGAGAUGGAGGACAAGCCCAUCCCUAACCGCCGCGAGGAGCGUCCGGUCAGCUGCUUCGUGCCGGGCAGCGGCCCAAUGCAGCCCAACCUGGCGGCGUUGGCCCGGGACGCCGCGGGCCUGGUGCGGGACAGACAGCGGCCUCAGGUGCCCAGUAUGAUGAUCAGCAAUGAGACCUACGGCACCAUGCUGGACCUCAACCUGCCGCCACCGGGACCAACGCCACCGCUGCCGCCCAGAGCGCCUCACAGAGGACCCGGUAAACCUGGUGGCAUAGAAACAGUGGGAAGACAGCGGUCGUCCUCGGACCCCCACAACCCUCUGACCCCUGAGAGGAACUCGUCUGUGUAUGUGCUCCCAGCAGCUCCUCCUCCUCCAGUCAACAAGAGGUCCAGCAUGUUGGAUACCAAGCCCGUAUCAGCCCGGAACACCCCCCUCCCUCCUCUCCCUCCCCCGCCAGCAGCUGGACUGCCCCCAGUGGCCCCAGUGCCUCCAGUCCCACCAGCACCCAGCAUCCCACCACCACCCCACUUCAAAGCUCCGUCCCUCCCUCCGCCAGUCCCCAGUCACCAGACCAGCAGACCACCAGGACCACCGCCAGGACCCAAGUCCCCCAAAUCUCCAUCCGGAUCAGUGAAACGUCCUCCACAGAGACCUCCAGUCAGGACUGCAUCUGUGGACAAACGAGGGUUGAAUCCCAAAUCUCCACACAGUCCUUCACCUCCAGUGCCCAAACCCAGAAGCACCCACUCCAAGCAGAAGCCUAAGCGGGUGAAGGCGAUCUACAACUGUUUAGCUGAUAAUCCAGACGAGCUGACGUUCAGCGAGGGGGAGGUGAUCGUGGUGGAGGGGGAGGAGGACAGCGAGUGGUGGGUCGGACACAUUGAAGGCGAGCCGAGCCGACGAGGAGUGUUUCCUGUCACCUUCGUCCACUUCUUCACAGACUGACGGCGGGUGUGACCUUUGUACCGUCCACUUCCUGUUCAGAGACAUCAAGAUCAAAUGAUACAGACGAAUCUCUUAUUUGACAUUCCCUCGCUCCUCGUCUUCCUCCAACAUCUUGCAGGUCGUCCCAAAGCUUUAAUUUUUGCUCUGAGGAGCCGCGAUCGAGGAAACACAAGAGCAGCCUUCACAGAAGACGUCUUAAAGCUCCACCAUGUUUCCUCUCUCCUCGCCUGGUGUCCUCGCUUAGACUCAGCUGUGAGAAGCAGACUCAGUUAAGAGGAGCGUGGACGUGAUGUAAGAGACGUGGGAUGUAUCCAAAGACCCAACGUGAUCUCGGCUGCACGUCGUUCCUCCUGACAGCUUCUCUGAGACUCGACUCGUGUCUUCAGUCCGAGUCCGGUUCAAACUCACAGAACUUUAUUUUUAAAUGAUUUUAAAGAGAAUUUGUUUGAGUCUUAAAUUUGAAUAUUUUGCUGAAGGGAAACACAAACAUCAUGUGAAACAUGCAAAGAAAUCUUUACAAACAGUUCUUCCAGUUUUGUGUUUGUCUUGGUUCUGGUUCUGUUCAGUCACAUGUUGCUGUUACAUUCUGAGCUGUCCACAUACUUUUGGUCAUAUUUGGUCAUAUUGUGUGUAUGAUAUUGUGAGACAGUCGGGACUCAAACCUGUGACACUCUGAUCUGUGUUUCUGAAUGAUUUCAUGUUGAUUAUUUUAAGGUUUCAGCUGAAGGGAAGGGUUAAAUAUGAACACCAUAUUGAUUAGAUGUACUUUUUCUUUCUUAGUGUCAAUUAAAAACACCUGAAAUGAUUCCUUCUAACGAACGUCUGCUUCUCCACUCUGACUCUUUAUUUUUACACCACUUCUUCACGUUUCUGUCGUCUGACCUGCUUCUCUAUUUAUUUUCUCCAUCCUUUUCAUGGAGUCCAAAGCAACAUCUCCAAAUGUCACAUUUUGUUCAACCAACAGUCUCAAAGUCAAAGAGAUUCAUUUGGGGAAACUUAAUUAAUUAAAAAAUGUAUUUCUGUCA